AUGGAAAAAAAUAAUAGGUAAUAAAGACCCAGAGAAAUCACAAGUAUAACAUAAUUUUAUAAAAGAAUUAUAAAAAUUAAAAAAAAGAAAGAAUAACCUUAAUGUUUAAGAAGUAUAUAUGGUAAAUCCUUAAUAAAAAAUGAAUUACAUGGAAGUGAUAAUAUGAUAGACGCAAAUAAAGAAAGGGAUAUUUUUAAAUUCCCAAUUCCUUAAAAAAUACCUGUUUUUAAAUUCGAAAAAAUGAAAUUAACUAUUGAAACUAUAUAGAAGUUCAUUUUUCCUCCAAAUUUAGAACAUGUAAAUAUAAAUGAAAGGUUAGAUAUUUUUGCCCUAUAUGGACCUGUUUUGAACCAUCAUUCAGUCGAUAAAUGCUUUUGUGUAUAGUGUUCGAGAUUAGGGAAGGAACUACUUGAUUUGGUUAGAUAGGAAAAAAUCUUUGAGUAGAAAUAAAGAUUAGGAAUUUCAACUAAAAAUGAUGAGACUAUUAAAAGAUUGGAAAUGUCUAUGAGUACUUCUAGUAAAGGUUCAAAAAUGAAAAGUAAAAUAUAUGUACCGGCUAUUAGAUUAUUAGAUGAGGAAGUAAUAUAUAUAUAUAUAAAUAUAUAUAUAUUAUAUAAAAAGAAUAUUUAAAGUAUUUAUAAUUAAUUAUGUGAUAAAUGUAAAUUACAUUGUGAUUGUUAUGCUCAUUUGGUUGGAGGGAGAAAUUGCUAUCAUAUUUUGUCCGAUUAAGAAAUAUAAGAAUUAGCUAAAGAAAUUAAUAGGUAAGAGUUAUUAGAUUUACUUAUUAUUGAAAAAGGAAAUGCGGCUAAUAUAAUGAUUGAGAAUAUUAGUUUAGUGGAACCUGAGAAUUUAUAAUCUAGUAGGGAACUUAUGAAAGUUUUAUUUAAAAAUGCACCAACAGAUUAUUACGAUAGAUAUGAUUUUUACGAUUUAUAAUAGCUAAUUCUAGAAGAUAGAAGAAUUAGAAUAAAUGCAUGGAUUUCUUAGAUUAUUGGAAAGCCUAUAGAUAGAUUUAAAAAUCCAAAAUUAGUUGAUAAAACUAUAAAUAAUUCAUAAAGAUAAAAUUUAAAAAGUUACAAUUUUACUUUAAAUAGAAAUUUACCUCUUAAAAUGAUUACUAAAAAAGAAAAUAUUACUUAUACACCUAUUGAAUUUCCUAAAACACUUAUUGAUAAACCUAAAUUAUAACAGAAUGAAGAAAGUUUUGCUUUAUUGUAAAAGUUACAUAGAUAUACUACUUAAAUACUGAGUGUGGAUAAUUUAAACUAAAAUGUUUCUUCUUAUAAAAUCAAUGUAUUUAUGUUACGUAAUUAUAAUGAGGGAAGACAUGGAUCUUGGUAAAAUUAUUGUAGUUUAAAUAAAACUAGAAAGGGUAGUUAUGUAAAAACACUUAUUUAAUAAAAAUAAGAUGAGAGAAAUAGAAAUUUAUGA